AUGUAUGCAGAGCCUGAUAGCUUUCCGAGAUCCAAGUAUGGAAACAUUACGCAUUCCGAUCCCAACAUGUCCAUCACUGCUUCUGGGAGUGAAGAUGAUUUGUACAUACGUUAUAGCAGCGCUUCAACUUCCGGCCCUUCUCUUUUUGAAUCCCACAGGACCAGCCUGGAAGGCUCACCCUUGGCCAUGUCACCCUGGAACCAAACCACUUCUUUCAUGAAACCUUCCGCUCUCCCUUCCGACAAUGGCAACGUUCCGGCUAACAGUCUCAUCGGCUCGCUUACACGUGAAGAGGGUCACAUUUAUUCCUUGGCAGCCACAAAGGAUCUUCUUUACACCGGCUCCGAUAGUAAGAACAUUCGUGUGUGGAAGAACUUGAAAGAAUUUACGGGGUUUAAAUCAAACAGUGGGUUGGUUAAGGCCAUUGUGAUAUACGAGCAAAAGAUUUUUACUGGUCAUCAAGAUGGGAAGAUUCGUAUUUGGAAAAUCUCCCCCAAGGACCCCAGCAUUUACAAACGAACUGGAACUUUGCCAACUCUCAAAGAUGUCCUUAAAAGUUCCAUUAAACCAAGCAAUUACGUGGAAGUGAAGCAUAAGAGGUCUUUAUGGAUCAAACAUGCGGAUGCGGUGUCAUGUUUGAGCUUGAAUGGGGAACAAGGUCUACUUUACUCUGCUUCAUGGGAUGGGACAUUCAAAGUUUGGAGGAUUUCUGAUUCCAAAUGCCUUGAAUCUAUUCGGGCACACGACGACGCUGUUAAUUCCGUGGUUUCGACCUUGAGUGAAAUGGUUUUCACGGGCUCCGCAGAUGGAACCGUGAAAGUGUGGAAAAGGGAACAACACAGGAAAGGAGCAAAGCAUAUGUUGUCCCAAACUCUUAUAAAACAAGACUGUGCUGUUACGGCGUUGGUAAUCAACACCAAGGGUUCAGUAUUGUACUGUGGCUCAAGUGACGGUGUAGUCAAUUUCUGGGAAGUUGAAAAGCAACUAGCCCACGGCGGAGUCCUUAAUGGGCACAAGCAGGCGGUUCUUUGCCUCGCUGCGACUGAGAAUCUGGUCUUUAGUGGAUCAGCUGAUAAGACUAUCUGUGUUUGGCGGAAGGGCGGCAACAUCCACACAUCCCUCUGCGUGCUGACGGGUCAUAUGGGGCCGGUGAAGUGCUUGGCCGUGGAAAAGGAUCAUGAAUCGGGGAGUGAGCCACGGUGGAUUGUGUACAGUGGGAGCCUUGAUAAUUCGGUGAAGGUAUGGAACGUGGCGGAGUAUGCCCAGUUAACAGCGGGGCACCAGAAGAACCAUCAUCAACAGCAGCAGGCGAAUUUCUGACUACGAUACGGUUUAUAAAUCAUUCGCAUCUGAUGUGAGCCCCUUUUCCAGCCAGCAUAGACAACACUGAUCGACAUUGCAUAGGCUCCCACGUGUAUAUAUUAUAAUGAAAAUGAUCGAAGUUUACACGUGGAAAUUUACGGGGACAUGGUUCCGUGUAUGAUGCCACAAGUACACUUC